AUGUAUAAUCCUCGAUCCCACACACGAAGUCCUAUCGCCGCAGGAAGACCAUUAUCUCAACAACAACAACAACAACUGCCAGCAGAUACGGCUACUCCGCCUGUACAGGAGAACUACAGAACCCCAAGAGCCUCUCAACGCAGCAGUUACACAUUCCCGCAGACCACACCAGCAGUUUUGGCUAAUGGUGAGAACUCAGCAGUACCUUCACAAUCCACACCACGUAGAUCUUAUCAAGACUCACCACGAGUUAAAGGACUUUCAACCGCAUCACCUCAUCGAAGUUAUGCCUCACCACUGCGGUGUAAAUAUUGUUAUCUUUCUUUGCAACCAGGCACAGUCGCUGAACAUGAUGCGCAGUGUUCAUUAAAACCACUUUACUGUCAACAUGUGAAUCCACGAACAGGAGUGCCUUGUGGUUAUAUGUGCCGUGGAAGAGAAAUGCUUGAGAGACACGAACUUCACUGUGCAGCACUACGGCGAAGUCGGAGUAUUGGCUCCUCAGGACGUCAAACACCUUAUAAAGGAAGAAGUAAUGAUGUCUCUCAACGACAAACACCUCUCCUUCCGGAUUCUCUGGUUUGUCAUAAGUGUAAUAUGACCUUUUCUCGUUCUGAAGAUUUGGCAAGACAUCGAUAUAUGUGUACAGAAGAAGAAGUUUUAUGUCCUCUCUUGUGUGGAAAAACACUUCGUCGACGGGAAGUUGUGGAACAUAUAAAGACAGAAGCAUUACAACAUCCACCUAUGAAUAUGCCAAGCUCAACCGAAUACGGUGGAGAUGAUCCACGAGUUGUUUUGGCUGUUCUUAUGAACUUAUUAUUGGAAAAGACAGGUUCAGAUACAAGGAAAAUUUUACCAUCUCAUCCUGUUAAUAAUGAUACACCGAUGCGUAAUAAUACCCCAAGGGCAUAUCCACAUUUAACAAUGGCUGGAAAUUACACACCAAGUGUUUCCCAAAGAUCUUCUAUGUACUCUAUUUUGGCUGUAUCUAAUAAUCAAAUGACACCUCCAAACUCUGUUUAUGCUCGUCAACGUCGUUCUUCAUCUGAGAGUCCUGGUUCAAUAAUGUUAGAACCAGGAAUUUCGAUGCCCCAAGCGCGCAAGGUUCUUCCUCAACCGACUGUACAAAAAGAAAAUGGAAUUCCUUCUGCACAUAAGAUAACAAGACAAAAAGAUGAGUUUAAAGUGUGGGUUCGACCUGCUAGAGGCUCAACUUCAGUACAAUCUGAGCAUUCAGAGUUUAUUCUUCCUUCAACAAUAGCAAGUACAUCCGUAUCUCCCAUAAGUAAAAAAAAUGAAGAGAAUGAAGAAGGAUCUAUUAAUAAACAAGAGUUUGAUAAUCUUCUUCACUGUAUGGAAGUCCAAGAGAACAUUGUUAAUAAACUUAAUGAAAAAUAUCACUCGAAGGAAAUACAAAAGUUGAACGAAAGAGAUCAUCAGAAGGUUUCAGAUGAGGUACAGAGUGCUGUGGAUAAAGUUGAUGAUAAAAACAAGGAUAUUCAUCUUCGUGUGAUGCGCUUUAUUGAUAAUGUUGGGAUUGCCCCAGGGCACGUCAUGCAAGUACUGGGAAAAUGGAGGGCUCUUGACCGCCAUUGGUAUGAUGUGAAGUUUUCCCUAUAUGAUCAAGUGGUGACCAAUCAGGUAUAG